CAUAUAAACAAAAAAAUAAAAAUCCACUCUUUACAUUAUCACACAAAUUAAAAAUCCAAUCUUUACUCAUCUUCAACAAUGGCAGUCUCAUCAUCAUCAUCAUUCUCAGCCAUUUCACCGGCGACCCUCCAAAGGGCUAACCCAACCCAACUGAUAUCACCAACCACCAUCUCAUUCCAAGGCCUCAGAGCUCUCCCAAAGCUCAAACCCAUCAUGGCCAACACAAGAACAAGACCAAGUGGUUUGAGGUUGACCACCAUAAAAUCUGAGGUUCUUAACCCAUCUGUGGUUAUAAGUUUAAGCACAGGUUUAUCUCUGUUCUUGGGUAGAUUUGUGUUCUUCAAUUUUCAGAGAGAGAAUGUGGCUAAACAAGGUUUGCCGGAGCAGAAUGGAGUGACCCAUUUUGAGGCUGGUGAUGUUAGGGCAAAAGAGUAUGUGAGUUUGCUUAAGUCAAAUGAUCCUGUUGGGUUUAAUAUUGUUGAUGUUUUGGCUUGGGGUUCUAUUGGUCAUAUUGUUGCUUAUUAUAUCUUGGCUACUUCUAGCAAUGGAUAUGAUCCUAAGUUCUUUUAAUUUAAUGUUUAAGAAACAAAAAAACAUUCUAGUAUGAAUCGAACUAGUUUGAGUUCGAGUACUUGUAAUUGCUGUUGUUGUUGGAUGUGUUUUAAUUGAUUAAUUAUCCUUAUUGUGUUUUUGUAAUUUGUUUGUAAUGUAUAGUUUGAUGGAAUUUUAAUUACUUAUUAUUAUUA